ACAUGGGGGCCGCACAUGCCGACCAGCAGCCCUCGCAACUUGGAGCAGCAAGUUGCAUCCAAUUCAGACGGGAGCACGGAGCAGCAGCCACUGUCUCACGCGCGCUAUUUGAGCAGACCUGACGGCCGAUUACUAGCCACAGAACAGAACAGGUUCCGUCCGCUCGCCAUGGAUUAUUAUUACCCAAUGGAAAUGGAGGAGCAUCCAGGAUUCUUCCGGCCGGCGCAGCUGCCAUGGCAGUGGCAGUGGCAGUGGCAGUGGCGCCUCUUCUCCCUCCUCUCGUCCCAGCCGCCGGAGCUGCUCCCGCCGCGGCGCCCCCCGGCCAACCAUGUCCGCUGGGAGGAGACCGCCGCCGCGCACCUCUUCUCCGCAAGCCUCCCUGGCGUGCGCAAGGAGGAGAUUCGGGUGGAGGUGGAGGACGCCAGGUACCUCGUCAUCCGCACCGAGCUGGACGACGACGACGACGCGGGCGCGAGGAGCUUCGGCCGGAAGUUCCGGCUGCCGGGGAUGGUGGACGUGGACGGCAUCGCGGCGGCGUACGCCCACGGCGUGCUGACCGUGACGGUCCCGCGGAUGCACACCCGGGCCAGGCCUGUUGCCGGCGUCCUCGGCGCCGGCCCGGCCCGCGACCACGCGGCCCGGGCGGCCUGAUUCGUGAUUUAUGGGGCCUUGUUGUAGCAUGUACACGUGAUGAUUUGGUUCAUCCAAUUGCAAUGCAACUCAUUUGCUUGUUAAAUUAAAAAAUAAAUAAAUAAUCUUAUGUGUCAUGGA